AUGUCUGGUGGAAGAGAGUUCCAGAGACGAGGGGCAGAGCGGCUGAAGGCUCUGAACCCCAUGGUGGUCAGACGAGCAGGAGGUUUCUGCUGGGGACCUUACACCUUUUUCGUCUGCUUUGGCACGGCUUACCCCGGGUAUCCCUUCCAUCCUCUGGCUGCCGCCAUGCCUGCAUACUUUGCCAAAAGCGCCACUAUCUGGAACCCAGUCAUCUAUAUCUUCAUGAACCGACAGUUCCGAUCAUGCAUCAUGCAGCUCUUUGGCAAAGAAGGGGAGGAUGGCUCUGAAGUAUCCACAUCAAAGACAGAGGUCUCCUCUGUGUCUCCUGCAUAGACCUCCAUGUUCUCCCUUUUGGAAAAAAACUGAGAGCCAUUGUAAUUUGUACAGCAAAUACUUGUUUCUUUUUUUUUUAGUAAAGAAG